AUGAUCCGAAAGGUCGGAACGAUUGGGCAUGAGCUUGGCCAUAUGCUUGGCUUAUGGCAUGAACAUUCACGACCCGAUGCCGACGAACACAUUGAGGUGCUCAAGGAUUAUAUCUUGCCAUCUUAUGUGAGCGAAUUUUUGGAACGAAGUACUGAUGAAAUUAUAACUUUCGAUGUCCCAUACGACCUUGGUUCGAUCAUGCAUUACGGUUCCACAGCGUUCAGCGCUGAUCAGAAAAGCAAAACACUUCGGACACGGUAA